ACAAUCACUCGGCCACUCACUUACUCAGUCCGUGUCAGUUUGUCCCCCAGUGCACGUUUGUCCAGCUCAUUUCGUAGAGGUGGAUCUUGUAAUUUGGACAAUUGAUUUAUAAGCGGAUUCAUCGCCAAAUCGUUAUUGAAGGCUCGUUGUGCAUGAGGAUUGUGGAAGUGACAGUGCGUUGAAAUCGUGUGGUGUUGACAGGACAUAAGGGAUAUAUAAAAGUGAAGAGUUGUGAGGAUGUAAUGAUGUACGCCAACUCACAGUUAUAAAUGAAAAUGCUACAAAAACAAAAUUUCUCUUUUUAAAUUGCUAAUUCACAAAAAUUAUGCUGACAGACCUUUAAUUGCCACUGAAGUGCUUAGUUUCCAAUGUUAUUUAGUAAUUUUAGCAUUAAAGCGAAUGCGCUUUUGAAGUGUCCGAGCUAAUUUUUUCAAGUGUAGAUAUUGAAGAUUGAUGAAGUGGUUUAUUUUGAAUUAUUUUUCACUUGGCUUUGAGCUGAAAGUAUUUACCAUAAUUACAAAUCUUUAUUAAAGCUAUCAUUUGCGUGCUUUGAAGAUGCGUUUUAACAUAUUGAACACCUUGCAACCCGCCCUUGUGGAGAAGACAUCUGUCUCUAAUUCUGAGCAGUACUCACUCUCAGCACCAUUAAAGGCGUCAUCCCCACCUCCGCGUCUACAACGCCAAGUUACCAUAGAGGCAGAGCCUGAUUCACUCGAUAGUGUUAUCAGUAACCCACAGUCGUAUCCAAUAACAAUCGUACCAAAUCGGCCGGCAAGUUUCUAUGGCUAUCCGACAAAUGGUGGCAGAACUUUUAAUCGACAGGCAAGUUCCAGAUCGCGCAAUUUCCGGCCAGGCAGCAUGCGCAAAGUGCGUCGUCGCGCUGUCUUCAAAAAUGGCGAAUGCAACGUUUUGCAAAAAAAUCUGAUGCGUCGCCGUUUGCGUUUCAUGCAGGACCUCUAUACCACGCUUGUCGACUCACAAUGGCGCUGGACGCUGCUCGUAUUCGCGCUCUCUUUCGUACUCUCCUGGCUAUUCUUUGCUUUGCUCUGGUGGCUUAUCGUGUACACACACGGCGAUCUGGAGGAGAUGCAUUUGCCAGAAAAUCAAGAGGAAUCUGGUUGGACGCCUUGCGUUUCCGCUAUACACGGCUUCACUUCGUGCUUCCUCUUCUCGAUAGAGACACAACACACCAUCGGUUAUGGUGUGCGCACCACCUCAGAAGAGUGCCCUGAGGCUAUAUUUAUGAUGUGCUUCCAAUCCAUAUUUGGUGUCAUGACUUCUGCUUUCAUGGGCGGCAUCGUCUUCGCCAAAAUGACACGCGCCAAGCAACGCGCCCAAACGUUGCUCUUCUCCAAAUAUGCUGUGAUUUGUCAGCGCGAUGGCGGCUUGUCGCUGAUGUUCCGCGUCGGUGAUAUGCGGAAGUCGCAUAUCAUUGGCGCGGCCGUGCGCGCUCAGCUCAUACGCACACGCAGCACUAAGGAGGGUGAGGUGAUGUCGCAGCAUUUCACCGAGCUGGAAAUCGGUGCCGAUGAUUGUGGCUCGGAUUUGUUUUUCAUUUGGCCGAUGAUUAUUGAGCAUAAAAUCGAUGAGAAUUCGCCAUUUUACAGUAUGUCUGCCACCGACAUAUUGCAGGAUAAAUUUGAAUUGGUUGUGAUUUUGGAGGGUACUGUUGAGUCGACUGGCCAAUCGACGCAGGCACGUUCGAGUUAUGUGAACACGGAGAUAUUGUGGGGUCAUCGCUUUGAUCCGGUCGUAAUGUACAACAAAGAUUUGCAGGCUUACGAAAUUGAUUAUUCGCGUUUCAAUGAGACGACACAAGUGGAUACGCCGCUAUGCAGCGCGCGAGAGUUGAAUGAGAUCUACAAGAUUCAGGAGGGCUUUAGGACGCCAGUGCUUCGCAAUCCGCUGCUGCGCUGCGCUUCAUACGAGCCUCAGUGUCGGCGUCUGAGUUCGCUGUCGCCAGAUUCAAAACUUCUUAAGCAUCUUUCAUUACCAUUGCCGCCAAAAGCAAGAAAUACAACAACUAUAAUCAAUAAACCAGCAGUUGCGUCACCAUCCACACCGGCCUCACCAGUGAGCGAUCGUAGCUCAGGAUUUUCUAGCAUUGGUUCGGGCGACGAACGGGCGCAGCACUACAUGGCACUACUUAAUGGCUUAGAUGGUAUAAGAAAAGCAAAUAAAAUAAAUUAAAUUAAAUUUUGUUUUUAUUUUUUGUCUAGUUUUGUUGUUUUAGUUUUACGAAAAUUGUAAUAUAUGUUUUUAAGCCUGUUCUUAUGCAUACAGAUGUAAUAUGUUGGAAUUAAUUGAAAUAAUUUUAGGUUAUUAUUUUUUAUUGCAAUUUUACUUGAACUGUAUUUGUUUUACUGCGAAAAAAUAUAUGUACAUUAAAAGUAUUGCUGAAGGUCGUUGUUACACUUCACAUUGAA